UAUGCAAUUGUGGGUUUACAUUCAACAAUCUUUUAAGUCCCAGAUUUCAAUUUACACAAACAGCACACAAAAAAGUCAUUCAAAAUGGCGGACGCGGAUAAUAAAUUAAGUGGCGGGCAAGCCAUGAAGCGGUGCUGCGGUUUCCAUUGGAGGGGUAAAGCCAGCAUCUUAAUACCCCUUAUGACGCUGCCAAUCUUGGUCUAUGGAAUCCUUGGUGGCGGGAAGGCAUUUCUCUGCAUGUAUCUGGUUGUAAACAUGGCACUUUUCUGGAUAAGUGAAGCUAUUCCCCUUUAUUUGACGGCUAUGUUUCCAGUUGUAUUUUUGCCACUCUUCGGAAUAUUGCCCUCCGACAAGGUGUGUACUUUCUACUUCAGUGAUACAGUGGUAAUGUUUCUCGGUGGCUUGAUAAUAGCUUUAGCGAUAGAGUAUUGUAAUCUACAUCAGCGCAUCGCCCUGACAGUCAUACUUAUAGUGGGUUGCAGUCCAAGGCGAUUGCAUUUUGGCUUAACAAUGGUCACUUGCUUUAUAUCGCUUUGGAUAUCCAAUUCUGCGACUACUGCUAUGAUGUGUCCAAUUGUAAAAGCCAUACUAAACGAAAUGGAAUCGUCAAACAUUUUCGCAAUUUACAAAACACAAGAAGAGGAACCCAUGGAGGAAGGCGACCCACCACAUCCGUCGACAAUCUCCAUGAGCUUUUAUUUUGCCGUUGCGUAUGCCGCAACUAUUGGCGGAUGUGGAACUCUAAUCGGAACCGGCACUAAUUUGACCUACAAAGGUCUAUACGAAACGCGAUUUCCGGAUUCCGAAGACAAAAUUACCUUCCCCUUGUUCAUGAUGUAUGCGCUUCCAUUCGUUGUGGGCCUUUUAAUAUUCCUCGUCUGGUUUUCCCUCCAAAUAACCCACAUGGGCCUGUUCCGACCAAACAGCAAGGUGGGCCAGGAGGUGAAGAAAGGAGGUGAGGGACAGGAAGUGGUCAAAGCUGUGAUCAGGGAACGGAAGAACGAUCUGGGCAAGAUGAGCUGCCAUGAGAUUCAGGUAGCCCUUCUAUUCAUCCUUAUGGUUAUAUUGCUCUUUACUCGAGCCCCAGGAUUCUUUCCCGGCUGGGGGGACUUUCUUAAUGCAAAGAAGAUUGCUAGUAGCCCCCCAGUGUGGGCGUGCACUAUUUUGCUUUUUGCACUUCCUACUCAGUACACAUUCUUCAAGUACUGCUGUGGCAAGGCUCCCUUUCCAGGACAAACGUUGGAUGCUUGCAUGUCCUGGGUCUACAGCCACAAGAAUACCCCUUUCGGCCUGUGCUUUUUACUGGGAGGAGGAUUUGCCUUGGCGGAGGGCAGUCGGGUCAGCGGAAUGGCAAAAAUGCUGGGGGAUUCUCUUGCCUUUGCCGCAAGUAUGCCGGAAGUACUUGUGGUGGGGAUGUGCAUCCUUAUUUCUCUAUUCUGCACGGCGUUUGCCUCUAACGUGGCUAUAUGCAACAUUCUGAUCCCGAUAUUUUCAGAGAUGGCUCUUGCCAUCAAGGUGCAUCCGAUCACAAUAACGUUUCCAGCGGGAUUGGCUUGCAGCUUGGCUUUCCAUUUGCCUGUGAGCACUCCACCGAAUGCUAUUAUCUCGGGCUAUACCGGGAUUAAGACCAAAUAUAUGGCAAUAGCCGGUAUUCUGCCAACAUUCUGCGCCUUUUGGUGCCUUCUUAUAACUGGAUCCGUGUGGACCCGGGUGAUCUAUCCACAUUCAAAGACGUUCCCCACCUGGGCACAAUAAGGAUACAUUUGUAUAUAAAGAUGAUAUGGUUCGAUAAGAUCAAAAUUUUCGGAAGACAAAAUCAAAAGUGUAAAUUGUAAAUAUGUUAAUAACUACAUACAUACAUAUGUUAAUUUUUUCGAGAACCUUUUUUCGAAUUAUGUUAUAGUUGCAGCGGAAAUAAAAUUAUUUAUUGUUAAAGUCAU